AUGACAGAAGCAAGGCAACUUCUAUUCCUUGAACGCAUCCUCUUCGUGUUUGAGUUGGCCAAAAGAAAGGCCGGAAAGGCCCAGAUUCUGAGAUUGAGCCCAAUGGAGUGGCAGGAUGAGGCAGACAUUUGCUGCUUCGCGGGCUAUAUCUUAGAGAAAAUGAGGGCUGCCAGGGACAAGGACAACCUCCUGGUAUUCAAGAAGGCGACCAUUGACACUGUCAGGAACAGGUUCAUCGAGGGGGAUUUCCACGAAGACAUCAAGCCCACUGUGGAAAGCAGAGAUGCUUUCUUCCAGCCAGAAGACACAAGCAUGUGGUUCGAGAACCUUCCCAAGAAGAUGUGCCCAGAUCCUUCAACGGACCACCUAUCCAAAGCCGAUGGCAAAAUCGAAGAACUGCAAUUGCAACAGUCAAAAAUGCAGUUCGAUGCCGACGCAUUGUCUCUGGCGAGGGAUGCCGCACAGAUUGCAGCCCUUUAUCAAAAGGAGAUGAAAAACGAACGUGCAAAUCGCCUAGCAAAAGUGAUGCAUCUAAAACAGGAAAACCAAAUGGGAUCCAACUUGGUGAUGCAGCACAUGAAAAAGAACUGCAAUCACAUUGCGGGACCUGUCAGUGACUUGACUGAUGAGGUUGUUCAGGCAAGGUUUGCAGCAUCUUUGAAGAAAGAGGAUGGAGCUCUUUUGGUAUGGAUCGACUACAUGAAAGCCGGCGUGGUCAGCAAAGAUGAGUUGAACAACUCCGUCACCAUGCUGUCAAAGGCACUUGCUGCUCUUCCGGAAGCAUCCAUCGGAUUCAUCAUUGCGCCUCAUGCCCAGAGGGUGGAAAACAAACUGGAUGCAAAGGGCAUCGAGUCUGAACCUGUCCUUUUGCGCUGCGAAGAUCCUCCAGCAACGAAGAGAGUACAGUUGAACUUUCCGGCCUGGGUGGUCUACCAACAGGGCGUAAGGGCUCGGCAUCUUUCCGAUGUGGUUCAUUCUGCGGACUGGAAGCGCCUUAUCACUGACUUCGACAAGAAGUUUUGUGGCAACAUCCAGACCGAGCCCGAAGACCAAAGCCAGAUCGUGCCUGCUGAAGAACCGGAAGAGGUAUGUCACCAAGAGAUCGAACUUUCCCUCACCGAGUUCGAAAUUGGCCAUGGGAAGUCAACAUUCCUCAAGGAUGAGAAGCUGGCAAAACUUCAACGUGAAGGUGUUGGCUCUGGCCCAGGGGCUUUGCAGACUCCAACUCCCAGAGUAGCCUUGGAUGAAGCUGGCAAGAAGAGCAAAACGAACAGGCUGAAGCAAGCUGCAGAAAUCCAAAAGAGACCUGAGGGGGAGCAGGUUCCCAAGGCAAAGUCUGCUGUUCAGAGGGCACUUGAACUCCAGGCGUCUGAUGCGGAAGCCAAGAAGAAAGCUGGCAAGGCUACUGCAAAGAAGGAACCCAAGAAGAAAGCUGCCGCCAAGAAAAAAGCUGCUGCGAAGAAGCCAGCCAGGAAGCCAGCCAAGGCUGAAGCUGAGGAGGCUGAAGCUGAGGAGGAUGUGUUGGAUUCGGAGGAGGAUCUGAGUGAAGAAUACCUGGAGGAAGAGGAGGAGGAGGAGGAGGUCAACAGCGUUGACGCUGAGACUCUCCGCCUUGGACAGUCGCCGAAGCAGAAGAAAUUAAAGAACAGUGAACCAAAGAAGCGUGAACCAAAGAAGGGGAAGGAAAGCCAGAAAAAAGAUGAUGAUGAUGAAGUUGCCAGGGCUUCUCAAAGAGAUGGCGAUGAGAUGGGAGGGGUGGCUGGGGCACAGAGUAUGAGGGCGCUUUAUUGGGAAGUUGUGCACGAAGCCCAGAAGCGGAUCAAACGAGAGAAUCCGGACAUGCCUGCCAAAGAAGUCUUGAAGCUGGCACGUGCAGAGUGGGAGGAGCACCCUCAGCGUAUGAGCGCUUUGCGCAACAUGUCCAAUAGUGAGCUCUCUCGUCGCAGAAUGACUAGCAGCUGCCAGAAGAAGGUUUCAGAGCCAAAGCGCCGCAGGAAAACUGCGGCAGGGAUGGAUGCUUAG